AUGGAUCAAUCAUCUAAUAAUAAUAAUCAGUCCGAAGAUAAUAAUAAUAAUAAUAAUAAUAAUAACGAGAAUAAUAAUAAUGAAAACUCUGAUAAUGAAUAUGAAAACAUUAUUUUAGAUGGUCAAAAGGAAGGAAUUGAAAUGAAUACGAUAAAAUCAACUCAACCAACAACACAAAUGGAAAUUGUUGAACCACCUAUGGAAAUUUUAACACCUCCAUAUCAAUCAACAAAGGCGACGACAGAAUUACAAGAAACAUAUCAACAUUUACAAUUACAAGAUGAUCAAAAUAAUGUCCUUACACCUUCACCAUCAUUUUCAACAACAACUAGUAAUUCCAAACCUGGAAUGUAUGUUUCAGCUAGAAACCUAUCUCUUUCAAUUGGUAGUGAAAAGAAACAUAAUUUAAAAAAUAUUUUAUCAGAUUUAAAUUUCUUUUUAAAACCAGGAUCAAUGGUAUUAAUGUUGGGUAGUCCAGGAUGUGGCAAGACAGCAUUAAUGAAAACAUUGGCAAACCAAACACAUGGUGAGAGGAAAAGUGGAUCAUUAACAUUUAAUGGGAAACCUGCAAACAAGAAAACUCAUCAUAGAGAUGUUUGUUAUGUAGUUCAAGAGGAUCUUCACAUGCCAUCAUUGACAGUAAAGGAAACAUUUCAAUUCUCUGCAGACUUGCAAAUGAAUGAAAAAACAACAGACCAAGAGAAAAAACAACAUAUCGAUUAUCUAUUGAAUAUGUUGAAAUUGGAAAAACAGGCAGAUACAGUGGUUGGAAAUGAAUUCUUGCGUGGUAUUUCUGGUGGUCAAAAGAAACGUGUCACUAUUGGUGUAGAGUUGGUAAAAGCCGAUGCCAAACUAUACUUGAUGGAUGAAAUUUCAACUGGUCUAGAUAGUAAUACUACUCUGGAAAUUAUAAAGAAUUUAAAAGAUACUGUAAGAAAAGAUAAUAUUUCUUGUCUCGUCAGUCUACUUCAACCUGGUUCAGAAAUUACAAAAUUAUUUGAUUUUCUCUUAAUCCUAUCAGCUGGUCAUAUGGUUUAUUUUGGUCCAAAUUCUUGUGCUAUUCCUUAUUUUGAAUCAUUUGGAUUUCAAUUACCAUUACAUCAUAAUCCAGCAGAAUUUUUCCAAGAGAUUGUUGAUGAACCAGAAUUAUAUUAUCCAACCAAAAAAAAGGAUACAUUAAAACCAAAUCAACCUAAUCAAGAGGAUGAUGUACCAUUAAGGGGAACAUUUGAAUUUUCAGAAGCAUAUAAACAAUCUGAAAUCUAUCAAUCAAUAUUGACAGAAUUGGAUAUGCAUCAACCAAAUAUCGAUCAUAGUCUGUAUCGUGAUAGUUCACAUUUACAAGAGUACCCAACAAGCACUGGAAAACAAAUUUGGAUGGCCACUAAACGAGCAUUCAUGAUGAUGAAGGCUACACCAAUGGUAUUUUAUAUGCGUGUGGUAAAGGCUGUUGUCAUGGGUCUUAUCUUGGGGUCACUCUACUUGAACCUAAGUAACCACCAAACCGAUGGACAAAACCGUAGUGGUCUGUUAUUCUUUUCACUCUGUUUUAUUGUGUUUGGUGGGUUCAGUGCCAUCCCAAUUUUAUUCGAAUCACGUGACAUUUUCUAUAUUCAACGUGAUGGAAAGUAUUACAAGACGAUUGCCUUUUUCUUGUCACAGCUCAUCACAGAGUUUCCAAUCGCUCUCAUUGAAACUAUAGUAUUUUCAGUGAUUAUGUAUUGGAUGUGUGGAUUACAAAGAAAUGCUGAAAAGUUUAUCUAUUUUGUGCUGAUGCUCUUUGCAACCAAUCUACAAACACAAGCAUUCUUUAGAAUGGUUUCUGCAUUUACUCCAACUCCAACUGUCGCCGCCAUCGUAGCUCCAGGUAUCAUUGCCCCACUCAUCCUAUUCUCUGGCUACAUGAUGGCACCAAAUCAAAUUCCAGAUUGGUGGAUCUAUUUGUAUUGGAUUUCACCUAUUCAUUAUGAAUUUGAAGGUAUCAUGUCAAAUGAACAUCAUGGAUUGAAAUACACUUGUUCACCUGGAGAAUUGCUGCCACCACUUCAAUUCCCACUUUUAAAUGCAACUUUUGAACAAGGUGGAUUUGAAGGACACCAAGUCUGCGGUCUGACCGAAGGAGACCAAUUCCUCAAACAACUUGGUAUGCCUCAAAACAAUUGGUUCAAAUGGAUUGAUUUGGCUAUUGUCUUGGCAUUCUUUGUCUUGUUUGCAGUAUUGAUGUAUUUCUUUUUAGAGAGAUUCCAUUUUGACUCCAAGGUACGUGCCAAUUUGGAAAGUGCUGAUGAUAAGAAACGUGUCAAUCGUCUCCAAAAACAACAAAUUCAACAUCAAUACAAAAAGAAUCUUAGUCAAUCACUUUUGGUACACCAAUCACAAAUCGAACAAUUACAACAACGACAACAAGAAGGUAAACCAGUAGACUCUACAGAAUUGGAACAAUUAAAACAACAUCAAGAACAAUUGAAUCGAUCACUUCGUCAAACUCAAUCAAAGAUUCGUAUUCAAGUGUCUCGUGUGCCAUCAUUUAGAGCUGAAAGAAUUGAAGUGGUUGGCUGUUACCUUCAAUGGAGAGAUCUAAGUUAUGAAGUUGAUACUAAAAAAGAUGGAAAAAAACAAAGACUUAGACUGUUGGAUAAUAUUAAUGGUUUUGUUAAACCUGGUAUGUUACUUGCGCUGAUGGGUCCAAGUGGAGCUGGAAAGAGUACAUUAUUAGAUGUAUUGGCAAAUAGAAAGACUGGUGGUCAUACAACUGGUCAAAUCCUAAUCAAUGGACAACCAAGAAACAAAUAUUUCCCAAGAAUGUCUGCCUAUGUCGAACAAUUGGAUGUAUUGCCACCAACUCAGACGGUUCGUGAAGCUAUUCAAUUCUCUGCUCGUACAAGAUUGCCUGCUGAAAUGUUGGACAAAGCAAAGAUGGCAUUUGUAGAGAAUAUCCUAGACACGCUGAAUCUUUUAAAGAUUGCUAAUCGUGUUAUUGGAUUGGGUGCAGGUCUGUCACUAUCUCAACGUAAACGUGUCAAUAUUGGAGUAGAGUUGGCAUCUGAUCCACAAUUACUUUUCCUCGAUGAACCUACUAGUGGUCUAGAUAGUAGUGGAGCUUUAAAAGUUAUGAAUCUUAUCAAAAGAAUUGCAGAUUCUGGUAGAAGUGUCAUUUGUACUAUUCAUCAACCUUCAACUUCAAUCUUUAAACAAUUUGAUCAUUUAUUAUUAUUGAAAAAAGGUGGUGAAACUGUAUACUUUGGUCCAACUGGCGAAAAUAGUAAAACUGUCCUCAACUAUUUUGCAAGUCAUGGUUUAACUUGUGAUCCUCUAAAGAACCCAGCAGAUUUUAUUCUAGAAGUAACAGAUGAAAUCAUCAACGUACCAAAUAACCAGGGAGGAAUGACAGAAUUCCAUCCAGUUGAAGAAUUUGCUAGAUCUGAAUUAAACAACAAAUUACUUGAAAAGGUUGCAACCUCCACCUCACUCAUUCCAGUCGACAUUAAGCCCCAAGAAUUUAAAGGUGAAUAUUCAAGUACUAUUGGAAUGCAAUUCUCUCAAUUGCUUAGACGUGCAUGGUUGGGUCAAGUUAGAAGAGUUGAUAAUCAACGUACUCGUAUUGGUAGAAGUUUUAUCUUGGGUGUUGUAUUUGGUACAAUGUUUCUAAGACUGCCACUUGACCAAGACGGUAUCUAUAAUCGUACAUCUCUACUCUUUUUCUCUAUCAUGUUUGGUGGUAUGGCUGGUUUUGGUGUUAUCCCAAUCAUUACAAUGGAACGUGGAGUAUUUUAUAGAGAAAAUUCAAGUGGAAUGUAUAGAGUUUGGAUCUAUCUAUUGACAUUUGUCAUUACAGAUAUUCCAUUUAUCUUUUUAUCUGCCAUCGCCUAUAUUAUUCCAACUUAUUUCCUCGCCGGUUUUACAUUGGUCCCUCGAGCCGAACCAUUCUUUUAUCAUACGCUAGUCCUAUUUGCUGUCUACCUAAACUUUUCAAUGCUUUGCUUAUUCUUGGCUUGUUUCUUCCCAAGUGAUGAAGUUGCUCAAUCAAUUGCCGGUGUUUUAUUAUCAUUACAAUCUUUGUUUGCUGGUUUUAUGAUUUUACCUGGUUCAAUUCCAAGAGGUUGGAAAUGGUUUUAUCAUUUAGAUUUUGUAAAAUAUCAUUUAGAAUCAUUAUUGAUAAAUGAAUUAAAAGAUUUGGAAUUUACAUGUCCAGAUAAUAAUGGAGCGGUACCUGUAUUGAUUGGACCGGGUAAAGUACAAUGGUUCUGUCCUCAUACAAAGGGAAGUUUUGAAUUGGAACGUUUACAAAUGGAUGUUGAUAAUGAAUACAUUAAUCUUCUCAUUAUGUUUUGUUAUGCAAUCUUCUUUUUUAUUGCAACUUAUAUUUCUCUUGUAUUUGUUAGACAUCAAUUUGUGAAUAGAGAGAGGGGGGAUUCACAUGAACUCUCUUUAGGGAGAGAGAGAGGUAGAAGCGUUGAAUGGAUAUAG